AUCUAGGCCACAGAACGAGAAGGGUGCAUGAUACACAUGAAGAAGCGCUGACCUAAUAUUUACCCAAGUUUACAAAAACCCAAAAUGCAAUUUAAUUUCAAGUCCGUCUUUGAAGUCUAAAAUUUUCGGGGAUAACAGGUCUAGAGGUAGUCUCUCUCUCAGAUGAUGCGAGUGUCUUAAAGAUUUUUCCCUGCGGAGGUGCCUAAGAUAAGAAAGCUGAGGUGGCGAGCCCUAAUCGUUCAUUGAUAAGUCGUUGUCGUCGUCGUCGCGGAUGGGCCAAUCAUCUUCGACGGCCGCAGUCCCCAGCUGCCGUGAUAAUAACUACAGCCAUCGAUUGAAGGUCAAACCAACGGCCCUGAUCACCCCGAUGCAGGCUGAAGAAACCGAUGACUGGCAAGGAACUAUCGAUGGUUUCGCCGAUUAUAUCUCCGAUCUACCCGACGAGUGCUUGGCUGUUAUUUUUCAGUCUCUUGGUUCCGGUGAUCGGAAACGCUGCUCGCUUGUUUGCCGGAGGUGGUUGAAAAUCGAGGGACAGAGCCGUCACCGGCUCUCUCUCAACGCCCAAGCAGAUCUCUUCCCCAUGAUCCCUUCCCUCUUUGACCGAUUCGACGCGGUUACCAAACUCGCUCUGAAAUGUGACCGCAGAUCCGUGAGCAUCAGAGACGACGGGCUCCUCCUCAUCUCUCUCCGCUGCCGUAACCUUACGCGCCUCAAACUCCGCGCCUGCCGCGAAUUGACGGACGCUGGUAUGGCAGCCUUCGCGAAGAACUGCAAGGGUUUGAAGAAGCUUUCGUGCGGAUCGUGCACGUUCGGAGCAAAAGGAAUGAACGCAGUGCUUGAUCAUUGUUCGUCUCUAGAGGAGUUAUCGGUGAAGAGGCUCCGCGGAAUUACUGAUGUAGCUGCGGCGGAGCCGAUUGGGCCCGGCUUAGCAGCCGCUUCUCUGAAAACAAUUUGCUUGAAGGAGCUUUACAAUGGACAGUGUUUUGGACCUCUGAUUAUUGGUGCGAAGAAACUACGAACAUUGAAGCUUUUCAGGUGCUCAGGGGAUUGGGAUAAACUCCUCCAACUGAUCGCCGAUCGAGUCUCCGGAAUGGUUGAGAUUCAUCUGGAGAGGCUUCAAGUGAGUGAUUAUGGUCUCUCUGCAAUUUCAAGUUCUUUGGAUCUGGAAAUUUUGCAUCUCGUCAAAACCCCGGAAUGCACAAAUAAUGGUCUGGUUUCGGUUGCGGAGCGGUGCAAGCUGUUAAGGAAGCUUCACAUUGAUGGUUGGAAGGCUAAUCGUAUAGGUGAUGAGGGCUUGGUUGCUAUUGCAAAAUAUUGCCCUAAUCUUCAAGAAUUAGUUUUAAUUGGUGUGAACCCUACUAAAGUGAGCUUGGAAAUGUUGGCUUCGAAUUGCCAAAAUUUGGAGAGGUUGGCAUUAUGCGGAAGCGAUACCGUGGGCGAUGCUGAGAUUUCGUGCAUUGCCGCAAAGUGUGUGGCAUUGAAGAAGCUUUGCAUUAAGAGCUGCCCUGUUUCGGAUAGUGGAUUGGAGGCAUUGGCGAGUGGGUGUCCCAAUUUGGUGAAAGUGAAGGUGAAGAAGUGUAGAGGAGUAACCCCUGAUGGGGCGGAUUUGUUGAGAACACGCAGGGUUUCUCUGGCCGUGAAUUUAGAUACUGGUGAACCUGAACAUCAAGACGCUAGUGCCAGUGAUGGCGGGGCACAAGACAACGCUAUUGAAUUGCCUCCUGUAGGAGGUGGUGGCGGCGGGGGCAGCAGCCAAAUAUAUGCUGCUCAACUCGGAUCAAGUAGAUCAACGUCCUUCAAGUCAAGGUUAGGCCUUUUGUCUGGAAGGAGUUUUGUGGCCUGCACCUUAAGAAGGUUGUCCGGCGGUAAUAGCAGUUCUCGUGGUAAUAGCUAAUGCAUUAAACAACAUUUGCAACACUUCAAAAAAAACAAAGAAAAAAAAGGGAAAAGUCCUAGUUAUUGUUCAUUGUUUGUGAUGUAUUAUUUGGAUUCUGACUUUUGUGUACUUAAUUUGGUGCUGUGUGUUUCUUUAUUCCCUUUUGAAUUGAAUCUUCACGGUUGAAAGAGAUGACACCCCUUCUUUUACAA